UAGCUCUGUUCUGACUUUCCUUCUUAUUAAACUGGGCCAUAUAUCAAAGGAAUGCCUGCCUGCCUCUCUUUACUGCUUCCCUAAAACACAGAGGCAGCAUUUCCAUGUUCUGUGGUUUUCUGAAACACACCAAAAAACCAACAGACUUGGCUGGACCUCUCAGUCUCUAUCUCUCACUCCUUGUCUCCCUCUCAGUGCAUCUCUCUCCCUCUUUCUCCACCUCCUCCUCCUCUCAGUACACCUCUCUCCUCACACAAUCUCUUUCUUUCUUUCUUUCUUUCUUUCUUUCUUUCUUUCUUUCUUUCGUUCUUUCUUUCUUUCUUUCCAUCCUCGCACCACAACAGUUAUUAAGAUGCCCAAGGUAUUUCUAAUCAGAUGUUUAACGCUAACAGUUGAGUUUUUUUUUUCUUUUAGAAAUCUUUCCCCUUUUCUCUCAUCCCCCUCUUUCUUUCUCCCGGCUUUCCUUCUCUCUGUAUUAAAUCACUUAGUUUUUUUUUUUUUUUUUUUUUUCACAAUGAGACGGACAUUCUUGGAUUAAACCACUAUUACAUUUUCCCAGCCUCUCUCCCCCCACCCUUCCUCUCCUCCUCUAAUUGGUUCAGGUCACGGUUUCCUCUCUGAAAGCUGGGAGGUCCUUCAGUCCCAGUUAAAGGGGGGAAAACUUUUUUUUUGGUGUGUUAUUGAAACACUUUGAAGAACGUGCUCGUGCUGGGAGACAUACAGAACUGGAUCAGACAAGGGACACACAAAGAUGUCUCCUCUCCAGCAUUGGCCCCUCCUCUUCCUGCUGUUGCUGAUCCGCUCGUCCAAUCAGAUCGAAGAUAACAAGAUUCCGAGCCUGUGUUCAGGACAGCCUGGUAUCCCAGGAUCCCCUGGAGUGCACGGGACCCCCGGCCUGCCAGGGCGAGAUGGCAGAGACGGGCGGGACGCUGCCCCGGGAGAGAAGGGGGCACAGGGGGAGAGCGGGACGCCAGGAAUGUCGGGUCCGAGGGGCGACCGCGGUGACCCGGGGCAGCUGGGAGAGAAGGGGGAGAAGGGGCAGGCGGGGGAGUGCGCCGUCGCCCCCAAAUCGGCAUUCAGCGCCAAGCUGUCGGAGAGCCGUGGCCUGCCCACGAACGUGGACGAGGCGUUACGUUUCGACACGGUGCUCCUCAACGAGCAGGGCCACUACGACCCCGAGACGGGGCGCUUCACCUGCAGGGUGCCCGGGGUGUAUUACUUCGCCGUCCACGCCACCGUGUACCGUGCCAGCCUGCAGUUCGACGUGGUGAAGAACAAUCAGGUGGAGGCCUCGUUCUUCCAGUACUAUGGGAACUGGCCCAAGCCCGCCUCCCUCACCGGGGGGGCCCUCCUGCACCUGGUGCCCAACGACCAGGUCUGGAUUCGGGUGGGCAUCGGGGAGUACAGCGGCUUCUACUCCAGCGCCAAAACAGACAGCUCCUUCUCCGGCUUCCUGGUCCACUCCGACUGGAAAAACUCAGCUGUGUUCGCUUAGCGGCUCGCCUUUCACAGCACAGUAUCACCUUCGACAGGGCCCCACUGUUUACAAGCACCCACAUAAUCCUGUGUAUGAUUUCUACAUUAUAUCCCAGUCCCGGUCCUGCAGGGUGAUUCCACUCCAGGUUUAACAGGUAAAAUUGGAUCAUUAACUACUUCAGGGUCUGGAUGGAGGUUUAAUUGAUUCAAUGAAACGAUUUAGAACAGGGUUGGAACAAAGACCAGGAGUGGAAGACCUAGCUUCUGACACCCCUGCUACUGAAAUGCACUGCCCUCCUAGUAUUGGGACACCUGGGCUAUGUUUCAAAGCACUUCCACUAUACUGCUUUAUUUUAAAUAUAAAAAUAAAACGAGGAGCAACCCGCUUGAGAGUGCGUACAAUGGGGUGAGUGGCUGUGAAUACAACCCUUUCAUUUAUGACGAGUUGUUUUUUGGUAACGCUCUAAAAACGCAGGCGUUUUUUUGUUUUCGUUUUCUUUCAAAAAAUACGAUUAAAUGAAACCACAGCCUCUCUGUGUUCCAAAACUGUUUUCUGUUACUAAGAAAUGGAAGAUUGUAGCUGCAAAAGAUUUUUAAAUAAAUGACACUAAUGACUGAA